AUGACCCUUGGUCGCGGUGGCAGUGGCUCCUCCACCAUAGGACGAUGCUUGAAAGCGAAUAUCUCCAGCUUCCGACGAAGCUUGAGCCAAUUUCGUGUGAUUGAACACGAAGUGCGGGCCCAACAUACGCGGCACUGGCCGAGGGGAACAGAAGUUGGCUACGAAAACAGCUUGAGGCUCGCUGUCAAGCAAUACGUUCCUCAUGAGCGGAGGGACCCGGCGCCCAACGAUAUCACGUUCAUCGCGGCGCAUGCCAACGGCUUUCCCAAGGAGCUAUAUGAGCCUCUAUUUGAUGAUCUAUAUACGAAGCUAAGAUCUUUGGGAAGAGGUAUCCGGGGAAUAUGGAUUGCCGACCUGGCUCAUCAGGGGCAGAGUCACACGCUCAAUGAAGAAGCUCUGGGCAAUGAUCCAAACUGGUGGGAUGGUGCCAGAGAUCUUCUCUUUCUGAUAAACCAGAAGCAAGAUGAGUUGCCUCAACCACUCGUAGGGAUUGGACACAGCAUGGGGGCGUCGCAAUUGGCACAACUUGCACUUCUUCACCCCAGGCUGUUGCAGGCUCUCAUUCUGGUCGAUCCGGUCAUACAAACGGAGAAUCCAAGCAAAACAUUCGCUAAGCCGUCCACUUACCGUCGAGAUAUCUGGCCAUCCCGUCAAGAAGCACGGGAAAAGUUCGCGAGCAGCAAAUUCUAUCAGCGCUGGGAUCCCAGGGUCUUUGAGAAGUGGGUGCAAUAUGGUCUGCGGGACUUACCCACGGAACUCUACCCAGAGAGAAGUGAGAGUAAAGAACCACAGGUGACUUUAACUACACCCAAAUCUCAAGAGGUCUUCUCUUAUCUAAGACCAAAAUAUAACGGUACUCCCGGAAUUCCACCAGAGAGGGAUCGGGUGGUGUAUGGGGAUAUGCAUCCGGAGGAUGUGGAGGAGGGAUAUCCCUUCUAUCGACCUGAACCCGCCGAAAUCUUCCGUCGACUUCCCGAGCUGAAGCCACCUGUUUUGUACAUAUUCGGAGACCAGUCUGAGCUCGCAACGCCAGAGCUUCGGCGGAAGAAGAUGGCGAGUACUGGUGUCGGGGUGGGCGGGAGUGGAGGUCAAGCCGAAGAUCGAGUCAAAGAGGUCGUUUUGGCGGAAUGUGGUCACUUGGUCCCUAUGUUGAAAGUCGGCGAGUGUGCUGAUGCUGCAGCCUCGUUUGCAGAUGCUGAAGUGACUCGGUGGGAGCUGAUGACGAAGGAGUGGCAGCAGCGUUGGCUCCAAAGAUCUAGGAAUGAGAGAGUCGGUAUUGACGAGGAAUGGAAAAAGAUGAUUGGUCCGAGGGAUACAUAG